AAACAAGACGCUGCGGCACUUCCUCUAAUGCGGUGGAAUGAAAACCCUACAUGUGAUGAAGAGACGGUCUUUGUCUGCUAAACCCCUGAACAGAAACAAACGAUAGAGGCUUUAUUUCCGGUAAACAAGCAGGGCUACCCUUCAUGUCUCUGCAGUUUGAGUGUGCUGAGAUCUGGCCUCUUUAAGCACAUUUCUUCAAACGGAUGUAUUUACGUUUAUGUCUAAUGAUCGUUGGUACGAGAGAAAAACAACAGCAGCUGUCACUGUGCGUGAAAAUCCUCUGAGCUGCUUAGGUGUGAGGGAUGACAUCCACAGGGAAGUGAUGCAGUGUGAUGAGAUGUGUCCGCUGUGAUUUACAUCCGAGGCCUUUGGGAGGAGGCUUUUUACUGGAUCUCACUGACAGGAGCUUUACAUCUCAUCUUUGUAAACAAACAAGCUGCAGCAUUGUAUCGUAUUGUAUUGAAGAGGUUCUUGGGUCCACCAUCAUACAGAGACACUGAUCUCACUUGUUUCAGCCGGUAGAUGCUCCUCUCCCUGACGCUACUCCUGUGGAGGCUCCAUCGAUAUUUCUGCGCCAUGUUCAGCUCGGAAAGACUCACGGUGCCGGAUUAUGUCAGCCGGCUGCAGAGAGGGAGGAGCGGCUCCGGCUCCGACCCCCAAAGACCGGUGUCCCCGGGCGUCAGCGCCGACGUGCAGGCGGUGCUGAGCGUCUCGCUCCCCGCCCUGCGAGCCGCCAUCGGGAGGCUGAAGUCGGCCAAAGAGUCCUGCGAUUCGGAGGAGACCCGCCGGGGCAUCGCGGAGAUCUUCCAGCUGGUGGAGGAGGCCUGGGUCCUACCCACCGUGGGCCGUCAGGUGGCCGAGGAGAUCUGCAACAGGGUCCGGCUGGAGGGAGGCCUGGAGCUACUGCUUCAACUCCACCAGACACCUUCUGUGGAGAUCAUCUAUGAGUCUGCAAAACUGCUGGAGCAGAUACUGAUCUCAGACAACAGAGAUUACAUUGCUCGUAUCGGACUGGGGGUCAUCCUAAACCUGACCCGACAGCAGGAAGAUGCCCAGCUUGCUCGCAGCGUCUCUGGGAUCCUGGAGCACAUGUUCAAACACACCGAGGAGACGUCUGUCCACCUCAUCUCCAAUGGCGCCCUGGAUGCCCUUCUCUUCUGGUGCCGGGGCACGGAUCCCACCGUGCUGAGACACUGUGCUGUGGCCCUGGCUAACUGUGCCAUGUAUGGGGGCCACCGCUGCCAGCGUUUGAUGAUUGAAAAACAAGCGGCUGAAUGGCUUUUCCCUCUGGCUUUCUCCAAAGAGGACGAACUUAUUCGGUUCCAUGCAUGCCUGGCUGUGACUGUGUUGGCCGCAAACAAAGAAAUUGAGGAGGAGGUGGUGAAAUCUGGGACCUUGGAGCUGGUGGAGCCGUUCAUUGCUUCCUUGGAUCCGGAUGAAUUUGCCCGCAAUUUAUUGGACAGAGCAGACUUCAUGCAGGGGAGGACAGCAUCUGAUCUGCAGCACUUUCUGCCUUUACUGGAUGGCACAAGACCGGAGGGAAAGUGCAUUGCAGCCUUUUACUUUUGUGUUGAGUCCAGCAUCAAGUCUCGUCAGCGCAACACUAAGAUAUUUCAAGAGAUCGGAGCAGUGCAGGGCCUUAAAAGAAUCGCCAUGUACUCCAGUAAUGGUACAGCCUGUUCCCUCGCCAAACGGGCACUGAAAAUGAUGAACGAGGAAGUUCCAAAUCGCAUCCUGCCGUGUGUUCCAAACUGGAAAACCUGUGAGGUGCAGAAGUGGCUACAGCAGGUUGGGUUCAGUACUUACUGUGACCGUUUCAAGGAGAUGCAGGUGGACGGAGACCUCCUGCUGAACAUCACAGACCAGGAUCUGAGCAGUGACCUGGGAAUGACUGCAGGCCUCACUCGAAAAAGAUUUCUGAGGGAUCUGCGUGUGUUGAAAACAUAUGCCAACUACUCCACAUGUGACCCAAACAACAUGGCGGACUGGUUAGUUGAGGUGGACCCUCGCUUCCGUCAGUACACCUACGGUCUGGUCCAGUCAGGCGUGGAUCGCAAUAACUUCCAGAAACUGACCGAUCAGCAGCUACAGUAUGACUGCAACAUCAACAACGGAGUACACAGAGCCAAGGUACUGUCUGCCAGUCGCCAGCCUGCACAGCCCUGCCUCACAGACGCCCAGCCUGCAGGACCCGACGUGUUCAUAAGCUACCGUCGGACCACCGGCUCCCAGCUGGCCAGCCUUCUGAAGGUUCACCUGCAGGUUCGAGGAUACAGCGUCUUCAUAGAUGUAGAGAAACUGGAGGCCGGGAAAUUUGACGACAAACUGAUCCAGAGCGUCCAGCGAGCUAGCAACUUCAUCCUGGUCCUGUCGGCCAACGCACUCGACAAGUGCAUGGGUGAUACUGACAUGAAGGAUUGGGUGCAUAAGGAGAUAGUCACGGCCUUGGCUGGAAAGAAGACCAUAAUCCCUGUCAUAGAUAAUUUUGCGUGGCCAGAUGCCAUGUCUCUGCCAGAGGACAUGAGAUCGGUUCUCAAAUUUAAUGGCGUCAAGUGGUCCCACGAGUAUCAGGAGGCCUCCAUCGAGAAGAUCCUUCGCUUCCUGAAAAGAUGCACGGACCAAAUCGACGGCCCAGACACCUCCAAAGGGCAAAAGACAUAAACUGUCACAAACGCAGCUAUAAUAAAUUUCAAUGAUGCCAAAUUCCACAUGGCCUAUGGUGAACUGGCCGGCAGCUUCCCCUUGCUCUGCCCAAAUGCAUGUGAAGCGAAUUUGAUGUGCUAAUAUAAUUCGACUAAAUAUAUUGCAAACAAUACACGGAAUUGAAAAAGGUAGUUCACAUUGUAUAUAAUAAACUCAAAGCCUUUAAUGUA